AUGAAGAUGAAGGUGGCUGUGGGCCCAGACCCUUCCCUGGUCUACCGGCCUGAUGUGGACCCAGAGGUAGCCAAAGACAAGGGCAGCUUCCGCAACUACACGUCUGGCCGACUCCUGGACCGUGUCUUUGCCACGUACAAGCUUAUGCACACGCAGCAGACCGUGGACUUCGUCAGGAAAAAGCACACCCAGUUUGGGGGCUUCUCCUACAAGAAAAUGACCGUCUUGGAAGCUGUGGACAUGCUGGACAGGCUGGUGGACGAGUCGGACCCAGACGUGGACUUCCCCAAUUCCUUCCAUGCCUUCCAGACCGCCGAGGGCAUCCGGAAAGCCCACCCUGACAAGGACUGGUUCCAUCUCGUGGGGCUGCUGCAUGACCUGGGGAAGGUUCUGGUUCUGGCAGGGGAGCCCCAGUGGGCGGUCGUUGGAGACACCUUCCCAGUUGGCUGCCGUCCCCAGGCCUCUGUGGUUUUCUGCGACUCCACCUUCCAGGACAACCCGGACCUCCAGGAUCCUCGAUACAGCACGGAGCUCGGCAUGUACCAGCCUCACUGCGGCCUGGAGAACGUCCUCAUGUCCUGGGGCCAUGACGAGUACAUGUACCAGAUGAUGAAGUUCAACAAAUUCUCUCUUCCCCCAGAGGCCUUCUACGUGGUCCGAUUCCACUCCUUCUACCCUUGGCACACGGGGGGCGACUACCGGCGGCUGUGCAGUGAGCAGGACCUGGCCAUGCUUCCCUGGGUGCAGGAGUUUAACAAAUUUGACCUCUACACCAAGAGUCCCGAGCUGCCAGAUGUGGACGCGCUGCGGCCCUACUACCAGGGCCUCAUCGACAAGUACUGCCCUGGUGUGCUGAGCUGGUGACCAGCCUGGCCAGGUACCCGAGGGGACGGCCACUGUCCCGGGACUCACAUGCACACCUAAGUCAGCGCUCCGUGCCCUGACCACUCUGCCCAGUGCCAAUAAAGACAUUGAAGCAGCCUGUGAGCCCGAGCUUCACUGGGAUGGGGGCCUGUCGUGGCAACAGGGCACUCUGCGCCGGGAGGCAGGACGUGGCCCCUUGGACACGUGUGUCCCGUCACGCCUGCCACCUUAAACCUGUUGCUCACCAUUCCAGCUCUGGCAUCAGAACCUGGGGUCGCCCUAUCUGUCCUCACAUUCCCAAAACAGUCACCAAGUGUUCUGGGCUCCGUGUCCCUAAGAACAAGAUGAAGCAAAACAUUCGAUAGCUAGAAAAACAGAUUGCAGAAAACCUCCUCGUAUAACAGAUGCAUGGGUUAAGUGCAGCAAACCUAAGGCAUGAACAGCCCCAUAGGGCCCUCCCCGUGCCCCGAGGU